AAAUAAAACAAAAAGCUAUGGAUGUCCGGGACGAUAAAGAAGCAAUCAGCGUUACUGAGAUGAAAACCACAGAGGAACCAGGCCAGACACCGAAAUGGCUCCCUUUUCCCCGUAAUGUACGUACAUUUCUCUUGCCACUGCAGGUGUUGUGCAAGAAUCCAGUGCUUGUAAGUGUCGAGGACAAGGUCUUUAAGUGCAGCAAAGUUGUGCUGGUCGCCAAUUGCCAGAUCUUUUCGAGUACACUCGAGAUAGGACAUACCCUCAAGCUGACUGCCUCCUGCCUGAGCUCCAAAAGGUUCAUAUUUGCCUACGGUUGGAUGGUUACGAAUCAUGCCGCGAUCCCAUACGAAGAAAUGAUCAACAUGCUGAUGGUCGCUGAUUUCCUGAAAUGCAGUCCACUUGAAAAAAGCAUUUUGACAAUUUUCAAUGACGUGGAUGGCUACUUGGUGAAGGAUUCCGUGCGUUUCUACUUUGAGGUCAUCGAGAAGGGAGAGAAAGGAGACCGCCUUGCACGAGAGAUGCUGCCGCGUGUGGGCCACUCCUUUCUGAUUCUGGUUGCCUCCAAGGAGUUCGCGAAAGUCACUGCGAAGCAAUUGUACGAUCUGUUGAGCUCCAGCCAUCUGGCCGUGCAGUCAGAGUCUGAGGUUCUCUGGGCAGUCAUCUAUUGGCUCCGCGAGGACUAUGAGAAUCGACAGGAGCACGGAGGGUAUUUAUUCAAGCAACUUCAGAACAAACGCAUUUGGAUAAAGGAUCCCCUAUGUCCGUACCUCAACUGUACCUCAAAACUUUCUAUGAAAAUGUUCCGCGACUACUUGCAACUGUUAAAUGCUGAACCAGAGGCGAAUUUCCUAAACCGCAUAGAGAUAUUGUCGCCGGAGAGACCGCCUGCUGUCCCACAAGAAAACAUCCUCGACAAAAUUCUUGAAAAUAUCUACGAAAACAUCCUCUCAUCCUCUUAGGAUGAAUACGAGCCAACACUCAAUUUUGAAACCCGCUUGAUUCAAAGAAACGUCCACCCAUGCCAAAGGGAUUCAACUUUUUUAGAUAAAGUAUAGAUUCCAUGGAAUCCGUGUAUACAUACGAUAAGCAACGACACCUGAUAAAAUCUCUUGUUCUUGGUUUUGUAUAAGCCCCAAAAUAUUACAGAUCAAUAAAGAGAACACAC